AUGGCUAGCCCUGCUGUUCUAGCUUUCGAUGCUGAGGGUCGCCCACUGAAGUUUGAGACCUGGCUCGAUGACUUGCACCUGUUCCUCCAGCUCACUGCCAAGGAGGAUAUCUCGCUGUACGAUCACGCACUAGGCAAUGCUGCUGCCCCUGCUACUACUGCUGACAACCUGUCCGCUUUCGCCACAGUCACUGACCUCACCACGCACCUCCGCACUAGUGAGGCACGCUUCCGUGCCGCUAUGCCCGCUGAGUUUCUUGCCACCCACCCCCCCCCGCUCUGGCUCACUCUCUACCACCUUGUCACCCGUCUCCCUGACUCUCUUCGUGCGGUCAGGGACCACUUCCUCGCUCGCUGCCCCACUGAGCUCACCGUUGACCUGCUCGAGAAGGAACUGCUUGCAGCCGAGACUAGCAUAGUCGCUGUAGCUGCCUCUCGUGGCGACCCCCGCACCCCGUUCUUCGAGGGGUCGGGACUGCGUCCGCUCCGAGCUGGCGCCGCAGCGGCAAGGGCAAAGGGGGCAAGGGAGGUGGAGGUGACGGCGGGGGAGGCGGUGGUGGGGGCGGUGGAGGCGGUGGGGGUGGUGGCGGGGCAGGAGGGGCUAGUGGCAGCGGUGGGGGUGGUGGCGGCAGCAGCGGAGGAGGUGGCCGGGGUGGGGGCGGUGGUGGGGGCGGCGGUGGACGAGGCGGCGGCAGGAGCGGUGGUGGUCGAGGUGGUGGCGGCGGAGGUGGUGGUCGUGGUGGCGCGGGUGGACAGCAGACUCUCUCUCCCCAGGAGCUUCGUGAGUGGAGCUUCGUCCUGA